AUGGACGGAGUCGGAACCCGCCCCAAGGCGUGCUUAACAUGUGCCAAGGCGAAAGUCCGAUGUUUACCAGAAACCGAUGGCCCUUGUCAACGUUGUCGUCGCUUAGGAAAAGAAUGCGGAAACCAAUUACCCGGAGCCCAUCGUCGAGAGAAAAAAUCAGAUGUGGCUGCACUCGAGGCUAAGUUAGACCGCAUGGUCGCCAUGCUGGCAGCUUCGGAACGAAAUCACAGAGAGCGGGCAGAAAGCGGCUCAAUGAGAUCAUCAUCUGCUGUGGAAGAAAACACCUCUGUACCCGAUGACACCGAGGGCCAGCUAUUGAUGGAUGUGUUCUUCAAGAAAUUGUUUCCUCUCUUUCCCUUUGUCUUCAUUCCCCCGAGUGUCACCGCAGAUGAACUACGCCGGGAGAAACCAUUCCUCUAUCUGAACAUCUCAAUGGUCGCAUGCCAAAACGCUCGACGCCAGCGAGAAAUUGUCAAUAUAGUCCAAGCAUAUGUGGCCGAGCACAUCAUCAUAAGAGGAGAAAAUAGCCUGGAUCUACUUCAGGGACUUCUCAUUAAUGUGGCUUGGUUCAUUUCAAUCAGUCGUUUCCCACAACACUGUUCUUAUGACCAAUCUCCCGAUGCGCCCAAAAUCGACGGGCCUCAUGUUGCUCGAAGCACUAACCAGCUUGAUACUUUUGCGCACUUACUCGUGGCACAGUCAUACAGCUUGGGCCUAAAUCAAGGGCUGACUUACCAGAAAAACAUGAACUAUACCUUGACUCAUUUGAAGGAAGCUAUGAACGAGGAGCAUCCGAAUCCCGUGCGCACACUGGAAGAACGACGAACCUAUCUUGGGUGUUAUUAUCUAACUACCAUGCUAUCAACAUGUGUGAAAGACUUGGGACCGAUCAUUCGCUUUACAAGAUACAUGGACGAAUGCUGCAAUGUACUAGAUCAGGUCGCGGAAUAUCCCUCUGAUGCCUAUCUCGUACAGCUAGUCCGAGUGAUGAACCUCACAGAAAAGAUUCAUCAAACACUAUACAACACCGAGCUCCAUUCUUUAUCAGCCUCAUCAGUGCCUCCGCCUCUCGGAUUGACCAUACGAUGGCUUGAGGCUGAACUUGAAGAAUUGAAAGCUAGAACGCCGAGCGAGUCACCGUACUCGGCCACCCUUCUAAAACUUCAUUACAACACAGUGGAGUUACAUCUUUAUCGAAUAUCCCUCAAUAACGAACCCUCUGAAUCCAACUACGGCGAUCAUCCUUUGAUGCGGUUGAAUCUCCUAUUCCGCUGCCUGGAAGCGACAACCUCCUCUUUCCAAAGCACUCUCUCCCUCCCAUCAGAUCUUUUUCCUUUCUUCCCUUUCAGCAUCAUGUGUCAAUUUGGAAAGGCAAUCAUCACUUUGUCCCAGCUCUUGCUCUACGACCACCCCGGAUGGGACCGAGCAUACGUGGAAAGUAUAAUGGACUUCGAUCAGACCAUUGACCGUAUGGACUCCAAGCUCCGAGCAGAACUGCCCUAUUUCGAACAGGUUGCAAAAGCUUCUAAUGAUACUGAACUUCCAGAGAUAUUUGGAAGAAUGGAACUGCGUGCGAAAUUGCUUAAAAGGAUGCAUCGGCGGAGAAAAGAAGCACUAGAACAAAACUCCCUGCAAACCAAUGUGCCCCCGAUGGACUUCGAGUUCAUGAUGAAUUACCCCCUCGAUUUGAUCUUUCCCUUUGAUGAAAUUCCACCCAUUCCUGGGCAAUAUAGUUGA